GCAAACGCUGGAGCGGAUGCGAAUAAUGAAGUUUGUUGUGGUGACACUUCUUUUAUGCUUGCAAGAUGCGGCACCUGGAGGGCAGCAUUUGACGACGGCACUGCACUCCUCUUUAAGUGAACAAGAUCGAAGCAGAUGUAAAACGUCUGGUCAAAUUAAGACACAAGAUUGCGAUGGCAAAUAUUUCCAACAGAACUUUGUUUUCAAGAGCUCAAGUCAGAAUUGUGAACUCUAUGUAACACAACAAUGUGGCGAGCGCAUUGGAAACAUGUUCCGGUCUCGAGAGGAAUGCUAUAGAACCUGCAAUCCACUGUCAAAGUGCCUGCUGCCAAAAGAAAAGGGCUUCUUCGGAUCCAAUAUCGGGUUCUACCCAGUCUACACGUACGAUGUUGAAGAGGACAACUGCAAAAAAACGAGGCACAAUAAGAAGGAAAACAUUUAUCCACGUAGCAAUGCUUUUGAAAGUUAUGAGCAGUGCCACAACAUUUGUAUGCCAAAUUCUAAAGCGAGACCGCCUCGCGAAUGGCGCACAACCCAGUCAAGUACACCCAAAGUUGCGGGCAAUUGGGACAAGGGCGAAAAAGCAGAGUACGUAGUAGAGCAGCAUAAGCACGUUGUUCUACAUAAGGAGCUCGAAGAGUGUGCAGAGGCACACACUACUGACUCCGUGUGGACUGGAGGAGGCUCGGUCACUGCCGUGGUUCCAAUUCUAGUGCGCCAGGACAUCAACUGUUGUCAGUUCGUGCAACGGGCCUCAUCCACAACCAAAGAGCUUGCCGCGCUAGACAUAGACCUGGACCUGCUGCUACACCUUAGGAAAUAA